AUGUGUGCGGAGGCGAUAGUGGAGGGAUCGGAGAACGGUAGGAGGAUGGUGGAUGAGGGUGAUCUGAGGAGUUAUCUGAAGAAAUGGGACAAAACAUAUUGGUCGACGUAUAAGGUGCUGGAUGUGUUGCAGAAGGUGUUUUACAGGUCAAAUCCGGCGAAGGAGGCGUUUGUGGAGAUGUGUAGCAAUGAGUAUGUUCAAAAGAUGACUUUCGACAGUUAUUUGUACAAGAAGGUGGCGCCGGGGAAUCCAUUGGAGGACUUGAAGCUCGCCGUGAACACGAUUGGGAGUCUGGUUAGGGCCCAUGCGCUUAACAAUGAGAUGACUCCAUUGGUGGGCUACUAUUUGGUUCCGGUGGAUUUUCAUUAUGACAAUGUCAACAUAAAGAAGCAUUCACAUUGCCUUAAGAACAGGAUUGUUGGUAUGAUUGUGGAGAAGAGUGAAGGAAGGAGAAAACAUAUUUAGGACUUUUAAAAAAAAAAAGAAUGCUCCUUUAGUUCGUCCUUUGACAUACAUUCUUUUCAUUCUAGCGAGAAGGAAUAUAAUUUUUAAAGAGUAACGAUCGAUUUUUCAUAAUUGUGCUUGUAGUGUAUCCUUUUCAAGUAUUCAUUCGCUUUUUUUUUUUUAUUAUUUUUGAUGUAAAUGCUACGAGAACUGUGUUUUGUAAUCGAUUUGGGAUUCUUGAUUCUUGG